ACUUAUUGUAUUUAUAAUAUAAAAUGGCUAAACAUCAUCCUGAUUUAAUUUUCUGCAGAAAACAACCAGGUGUUGCAAUUGGAAGAUUAUGUGAAAAAUGUGAUGGCAAAUGUGUCAUAUGUGAUUCUUAUGUGAGACCAUGUACUCUCGUUAGAAUUUGCGAUGAAUGCAAUUAUGGAUCUUAUCAAGGCCGAUGUGUGAUCUGUGGUGGACCUGGUGUUUCCGAUGCCUAUUAUUGCAAGGAAUGUACAAUUCAAGAAAAAGAUAGAGACGGUUGUCCGAAAAUUGUAAAUCUUGGAAGCUCGAAGACGGAUCUGUUUUAUGAGAGAAAGAAAUAUGGAUUCAAGAGAAGAUAAAAGCCGGUAGUAACUAUCAUUCAUUUGUAUAAUAAUACAAUUUUUUAUAAGUUCCGAAUAAAUUCUGGUGACGAAUGUGUGUCAUUUGACAUCGUGACUUUAA